GCAAAGUUGAGCGGGGCAGAGCAGAGAAACCGGCCGGCUAGACGCGAGUUGCCCCCCCCCCUCCCUCCCAUCAGCCAUAAGCGAGGGCACUUUGCAAACUAUUAUUGUUUUGCAGCCCCCGGCCGUAGCUUCUCCUCCAGUGCCCUUUUCUUUCUCGCAAUCCUCAUUUUUAAAUUCUUUCUUUUUUUGGCGGGGGGAGGUGCAGCGAGCGACCCGUGCUUCCCCCAAAGCGCCCUUGCAAGGGAGUCGCCGGGGCAUUCUCCCUUUCCCCCCCUUUUUUUUUGCACCCCAAAGCGCCUUUCAGCAACUUUUGCAAGAGAGCGCUCGAGAUCCCCCUUUUUUCAACCCCUCCCCGAGUCUUUUCUUUUUGCAGCGUUUGGCGCGUUUCUUGCUGCACCGCCCGGUGCGCUCCUGCCUGCCUGCCUGCCUUCGUUGCCCGAGCCGUCGUCCCGCGGGGGAUGGCCGCCAGGCCGGGCCAGUAGGCGAGGCCGACCCCCAACCGCGCGCCCGCCGAGCUCCGGGGCGGCUCCUCCGCGCGUUGCGUGGCGCUCGGCCGGGGCCGGGGCGAUGUCGGGGCGGCCGUGCGUGGCGCUGUGGGCGGCGGCGCUGCUGAGCCGCGUGGCGCUGGGGCUGGCGGCGGCGGGGCCGGUGGUGCGGUGCGAGCCGUGCGACGCGCGCGCCCGGGAGGCUUGCAAGCCGCUGUCGCCCGGGUGCGCGGAGGCGGUGCGGGAGCCCGGCUGCGGCUGCUGCCUGACCUGCGCCCUGGCCGAGGGCCGCCCGUGCGGCGUCUACACCGAGCGCUGCGGCGCCGGCCUCACCUGCCGCCCGCCCCCGGGCCAGGCCAAGCCGCUGCAGGCGCUCCUCGACGGCCGGGGACUCUGCACCAACCUCAGCGCCGCCGCGGACGCCGGAGCCGCGCGGAGCGGCGGCGGCGGCGAGGGCAGGAUGCGCGACCUCCUCCACCUGCGCGCAGGCAAUUCCAGCGAUUCAGAGGAAGACCAGAAUUUCAGUAGCACAGAGAAUCACUCUGUCGCCAACACACACAGGGUGUCGGAUUCCAAGUCACACACUCACUACACCAAAAUAGAUAUCAUCAGGAAAGAGCAAACCAAAAAUACCCAGCGUUACAAGUACGAUUCACAGAGCACAGACACACUGAAUUUCUCUUCAGAGUCCAAACAGGAGACUGAAUAUGGUCCUUGCCGCCGAGAAAUGGAAGACACAUUAAACAAUCUAAAGAUACUGAACGUCUUAAGCCCGAGGGGAUUGCAUAUUCCUAAUUGUGACAAGAAGGGAUUCUACAAGAAAAAACAGUGUCGUCCUUCCAGAGGCCGGAAAAGAGGCUACUGCUGGUGUGUGGAUAAAUAUGGGCAACCCCUCCCUGCGUAUGAUGGGAAGGGAAAGGGAGACGUUCACUGCUACAAUUUAGAAAGCAAAUGAGAGACGACGUGCACCAUCUUCCAUGGAAUCUGUGUGUGGCAUCUAGAGACCUCAGAGUGACUGGGAUAUAGCGCGGACUGUGUUGGACUUGGGAAUUCGGGGUCCUGCCCCCUGCUUAUAUUGGGGGAAUGAAUGACUCUGUGGACGCUGCAGCUGCAUCCGGCCACCGUCCAGCUUCCAGCUUUCUAUAAGUGCAUGCAGGGAGCUCUGAAAUCCCCAAUAAAUCUGCACUAUUGAUCCCCAGAAAGAAUAAGAGAAAAUAGGCACUUCAGAAUGGAUUCAGGGAGUCUCCACUGACUUUUGUUUUGUUUUGUUUUAAAUAACGGCCUGUGACCAAUUUGAUCCCGAAAGAUGACUU